AUGUCUUGUUCUUGCACAACAAAGACGCUUCGAUUAUUCAUUCGCCAUGUAGCUCAACUUGAUUUGGCUGCAUCAAACACCUCCACUCAUCAUCGCCCGCAAAGAAUUAACAUUCGAAGGUUCAAUGCCCCCUCAGUCUCAUAUUCAUCUCCUUCGUACUCGAGAGCAUAUUCGUCGGCAUAUUCAUCUCAAUUUGUCAGAAGUAGUGAUGAAGAUGGCCCUAUCGAAAAGCAAGAAGAAACCUCAUCUGCGACGGAAGGGCACAAGAAUACUACACAAAAUGAAAUUGAUUAUCUAGAUGACUUGUUCAUGGAAAUUACGCCAGAAUCGAUAGAUGCCCUUGCUGCGGAGACACGAUCUGAGUUGGCAGAUUUUCAAUCAAGAGAAUCAGAGGAAUCGAGAUUACCAUGGAAAGCCGAGGGAGCAGAGGAAUCGAUUCAGCCAACAGAAGUAACGGAGGAGUCGUGGGUCCAGAGAGAACCGAUAGACAUAUUCUCAAAACCGUUGAAGAAGGCAAGGUGGAUUACAGACGAGGAAAAAAUCAGGUUUAGAAGCGUUAAAAUCGACAACGCAGUAUCACAUUCCCCACAAGCCAGCACAUCGAAUAAAAACAUGGUGGACGAUGGUUGGGUACCUCCGAAGCGUAAAACUUGGAUGGAACAAAAAGCAGCAUUGAAGGAAAAAUUCCCUGAAGGUUGGAAGCCGAUGAAGAGAUUGUCGCCGGAAGCGCAGGCAGGGAUUCGAGCAUUGCAUGCUCAAUACCCUGAGCAAUAUUCAACGGCUGCAUUGGCCGAUCAUUUUCAAGUAUCUGCAGAAGCAAUCCGGAGAAUACUGAGGAGUACAUGGGUACCGAAGCCAGAAGAGGAAGCCGACCGUGAGAGAAGAUGGUUUCAGAGAGGGAAGAACAUAUGGGGUAAGUAUGCUGAAUUGGGGGUCAAACCACCCCGGAAAUGGAGAGAGGAGGGUAUAGGUAGGGGUAAGCCGGAGUGGAAAAAGAAAGCAGCUCCUGUCCUGACAACUAGUCGACCUGGGAAUUCGGAACCUCGAAGGCCAGCGACGAUCAGUCUCGAUGAUGAAAUGGAGGAUAGGAUCUUUUGA